UUUCAUUUGGUUCCUAGCCAGUCCUUUAGCAGUUCCAGCCUUACCCAGAGCUGCCUAAAUGCUCUUUAUAGCACCUUACAAUGCAAUAGCUAUGUAUCGACGCUUGGGCGACCGGUCUGGCAUGGCAGUCUAAACAAUGCGGUUCUGACUGACGCCGUGUGUUCGACUCAGUGUGGCCAGUCUUUGUCUAGCUUUCAUGACAAUAUUGUGGAACAGUGUGGUGCCGAUGCAACUAUUGCAGAGGGGAUCCCAGCCUUAUCAGUGAUUGACAGUGUUUGGUCAGGCUGGAAUGAAACUUGUCUGAAGAACGUCAAUGGCACUUAUUGCAACGAUAUUCUCGACUUGUGGGAUUCAGCGUCGAAUCUUACCGAUAUGCCGGUGGCAAAUAUUUGCGAUGAUUGCUGGGUUACGAAGCUAGAAUUAAUGCAGCAGUUGCCGUAUUCGGCUUACAGCGCCCCCUACGAGACCAUGCUUAAUUAUUCGAUUUCGGUUUGCAACCUACAGGGCGUAGAAACACAGCCGACUUCGGGGGGAAUUCAGAUCCCUGUGGCAAAUGUUUCUUGCUCUACAGGCAAUUGGUACACAGUCCAGCCAGAAGACACAUGUGAUUCUAUCGCCCUUGCCCAAUCUAUCUCUUCUUCAACUUUAUAUCAAAUCAAUCCCACGCUGUAUAACUACAGUGAUCCGACAUUAGGGCUAAGAUUGUGCCUGCCCCUAGCAUGUGAAAAUGUCUACGAGAUCGCUGCGGGGGAUAAUUGUUCUUCGAUUACUGCUGCGACCGGAACUUCGUGGUUGAAACUUGUCUCUUACAACGGUAUGGUCGACAGCGGAUGCUCGAACAUAGGCGAUACCGCUCUUCUAGGUGGAGUCAGAUGCGUUUCUGCUCCUGGAGGGACCUUCAAUCUCACGGUUUCCGCCAACUCUAGCUCGACGUCAGGUGUCGACGGGCAAGGCGGAUCGGGGUCAGGUCAUGGGACCAACUUUGUUGCUUUACCCAGCGAUAUCACUCUUGCUGAUGGCACAACCACUGACUGCGGAGAUUAUUAUACGAUUGUGUCCGGCGAUACGUGUGUCUCACUCUUAGCAGAAGCCAAUACACCAUUUAACCUUUUCAUGGCCGCAAACCCUUCAAUCACGUCCGCGCUGGCCUGUGAUGAUGAACUGACUGUGGGCUUGACCUACUGUAUUCACCUUAUACGCGGUUUCAAUGCGACGAACAUCAGUGGUAAUCUGACCGUCUCCACUAAUGGGCUAUGUGGAAACGGUACAACCUGUCUGGGGUCCUCUUUCGGGGACUGCUGCUCGCUAUCGGGAUAUUGUGGCAGUACUUCUGACUACUGCGCCGCGGGACUCUGCGCUCUACAUCUGGUGAUUGUGUUUCGGGCAAUCCGAUCUCUCUAG